GUAUGUUAAAUGUAAUGAAGCCUGGAAACGAUAGAGUAACACACACAUUAUACACGCGACGCUGACCACUUCACCGCCACAUUGACCAUUUGUGAUCGAAUGUGGUUUCUUCUGCCAACCAAAUCCAAUCCACGAUUCUCAUUAAUUAAGAUCGCGAGGUUCGAGGUUCGAGAUAACACCCAAUAUUAUAUCUCUUGCAACUUUUUGCACUUGGCCGUAUGACAUAUGCUCCCUCAUUAAUUAAUUAAUUAAUUGUUACUACGGCUUUGUUCGGCUUGACGCUUGAGUUUGUUGCCUGCUCUCUUCCAUCCUUCCUACUUCUCCGAUCUCCGUUGAGGGAGGGGUUUAACAUUCCGUUUUACGGCGACCAUGAUGCCUUCAGCUUUUGGUCCCUCUGCCUACAAUUUUGCAGAGAAUAGCCGAGAUGGGUUGAUAUCAUCCAGAUAUUAUUCUGACUACAGCUUGGACGACUCUUCUGUCGUACUCACGCACGAGGGCUGUGCGCAUCGGAUUUUUCGAACCACGGGAGAAAGAUUUUCGAGGGGGUGGAGAGUUGUCAAAGAAACUGCUAUCGAAGCGUAUGAAAUGGGGAGGUCCGAUCCGAGAAAAGCGGUGUUCGCUGCUAAAAUGGGCGCCGCUUUAUCUCUGGUUUCCUUGCUGAUGUUUUUCAAGGAGCCCCCUAACAUUUUUACUCACAAGUCCAUCUGGGCUAUUCUCACAGUUGUUGUUGUCUUCGAGUUUAGCAUAGGGGCUACAUUAAGCAAAGGGUUUAAUCGAGGGCUGGGUACCUUAACUGCUGGAGCACUUGCCCUGGGGAUUGCACAGUUGUCCAUGAUGGUUGGGGAGGUGGAAGAAGUCAUAAUUGUUGUUAGCAUUUUUAUUGCAGGUUUUGCGGCUAGUUAUUUGAAGUUACACCCAGCUAUGAAGCAAUACGAAUAUGGAUUUCGGGUGUUCUUGUUGACAUUUUGUAUUGUAUUGGUAUCUGAAGAUUCAGAAUUGGUUCAAACUGCUGUUUCUAGAUUGCUGCAAAUAGCAGUUGGGGCUGUUGUUUGCUUGAUGAUGAAUGUAUGCGUUUUACCUAUUUGGGCUGGUCAGGAUCUGCACAAACUCAUUGUUAAAAAUUUUAAAGAAGUUGCUAUGUCUUUGGAAGGGUGUGUCAAAAUGUACUUGCAAUCAGCUGAAUACACUAGAAUACCCUCAAAAAUUCUAGUCUACCAGGCGUCUGAUGAUCCUCUUUACAAGGGAUAUAGAGCUGCUGUGGAGUCCACUAGCCAAGAGGAGACCCUGUUAGGUUUUGCUAUAUGGGAACCACCCCAUGGCCGUUACAAAAUGUUCAAUUAUCCUUGGAGUGAAUAUGUUAAAGUUGGCGGUGCCUUGAGACAUUGCGCUUUCAUGGUGAUGGCAAUGCAUGGCUGCAUACUUUCUGAAAUACAGGCACCUUCUGAACUACGUGUUGUAUUUAAGGAUGGAAUUCAGAGAGUUGGGACUGAAGGAGCCAAAGUACUGCUUUUGCUCAGUGAGAAGGUGGAAAAGAUGGAAAAGCUUGACCCGGGAGACCUGCUUCAGGAGGUUCAUGAUGCUGCCGAGGAUUUGCAAACAAUGAUUGACCGCAAAUCAUAUCUUCUAGUGAAUGCUGAGAGUUGGGAAAAUGAAAAUUUACCUGAGAAAUCUUCUCGUCGUGACAAUCUUCAUGAGCUCAAUAAUGACAACAAACAAUUAUUGACUAAGUCACUUAGUGCAUCGUUUAACCCUAACCCAACUCGGAUAUUGCAAAACAGUGGUCUGCAUAAUGCAAACCAGCGAACAAGUCUCUCUCUUUCAGAAUGGGGCACAAGAGAAGAUGUGUUUGAACACCUGGUGGUGUGGCCUUCACGACUCUCACUUACAUAUGAUGCAACUCUGAAUGAGCGAGAAGCAAGGACAUAUGAAAGUGCAAGUGCGCUGUCACUUGCAACAUUUACCUCCUUGUUGAUUGAGUAUGUUGCUAGACUUCAGAAUCUUGUGAACUCAUUUGAAGAACUCAGUGACAAGGCUAAAUUCAGGGAGCCUGUUGAAUCGAAUGCAACACAAUCAAAUUCAAAUGUUGGAUUUUGGAACAGACUGUCCAAAUGCGUAUGCAGCAGAGGCUAACUCAGGUGCGUAUUUCUUACAUUAAUCUUGUUUGAGCAAUAGCAUGGUGUUUAAAAUAGAUUAAGUAAUGCUUGGUUAACCAGUAAGUAGUGAAAAAUCUAAGAGAACGGCUUGACUAAGAUACUAGAUGCAAUUAGUGGGCUAACUCAUGCAUGAAGGAGUGGUAGUACCUACCUGAAACAGGCAUCCAUGUUAUAGUGUAUAAGAAGAGUUAGAAAGCCUGGGAGCCUAGCCUAGGUUAGGAUGGCAGCGGCUGUCUCCAGGAUUGACAGCAUAUAGGCGCUAUGGUUAAAGAAAGAAUCAGGGAGAAUGCAUAAUUGCUAGGAUCUAUCAUGCUUACAUUGCUAGGAUGAAUCGAUCAUGUUUAGCAGAUGUAAUUUUCUGCUUUCUUAUGUAGUGGAAAACUAUAAUGCCACUUGAGCUGCACGAAUGGUGCAGUAAUUAACUUAAGGGAUACAAUGGCCAUUUUAAUUCUAUUGCAUGCUGUGCCAUUUUUAUAUUUGAUUGAUGUAACAGAACCACAGCUAGACUGGUUUGAAACAAGCUCCGUUCUCCAUGGAUCAGAUCAAUCUUUAUCCACAUGCUUGCUUCUCACGGGAACUCAGCUCCUUAUUAGAAGACAAUAACAGGUAACACAACAAUGUUUUGUUUUCUAGUCUAGUCUAGUCUGGUAGUGCCUCCCGGCCCCUGCCUUGCACCACUAAUGCAUGCUUCCCUAGUUAUCAAGAAAAAAAGAGCAUACAUUGAUAAUUGGAAGAACACAAGUUUUACUCUGUAUAUGUUCACUUGGAAACUCGGUAAAGCGAUGAUGUAUGCAGUGUUACAUACAACAACCAUGCAUUUAGUGUAAGUAAGAGCCAACAUGUAUGGGGUUAGAGGGUGGGGGUUAAAUACGACACCUUCGCCACUCAUGCAUCUAAUGUAACGUAGUCUAGUUGUGGAUGAUCCCCACACUACCUCUCUCUGUGCCUUCAACAUUUCACUAUUAUAUUUUGUUGUGUCAAAUAUAUCUAGAAGCAGGGUAAGAUAAUGAUUUGAUAGAACUUUAAAUCCCUAUAAUGUUGACUGUACACUUUAUUUUGAUC